AUGACAUUCCUAUCGAGAUAUUCUAUCCAACUUGGUUUUGAUAAGGAAAUAGACAUAGUUAUUGAUGGAAAUGGAAAGAAAAAGACGGGAUUCUUUUAUAUAAUCACAUCAGAUGAGGCAGCGAAUGGAAAAAUGGAAGAAAAUGAGUGGCCUCAAGAAAAGAGCUACGAGAGAUUCAGCUUCAAAUAUUCGGAGAAUGGUCAAAUAGAAGAAUGGAAGUUGUGGAUGGGCAGAGUUGCGGAGAUAUUCAAUAUGGAAUCGAUGAAAACAUUAGCAAUGUAUACUGACAUGUAUGAUAUGGAAUCGAUAGUGGAUUGUCUGAAAACUCACGUGAAAUCGAUUGAAAUGUGUUCAAUGUCUGAGAAGGAAGGUGGCAGGACGAAUGGAGAACAUGUUGCUCAGUUUAUGAAUAACAUUAUUAUCAAAAAGGAAUUACAUCUCUUCUUGUCUCCGUUGAAUAACGAUUUCGAUGCGAGAAUUCCGAAGAAUCUGAAAAUGAUCUCUAUAAAAGACGCGAAAUGGGUUGGAUAUGAGAAACUUCUGGAAAUUGAUUGUCGGAAAUUGGUUCUCGAUGAAAGUCUUUUAACAAGUGAAGAGUGGAAUUCGUUCAUCAAGAAAUGGAUGGCAAUGGAGACUCAUUUGAAUCUGCAAUUCUUAGAAUUCUAUCUCACGUCAAUUGAAGAAUUUAGACGACUCGUGCUUCAUGAUAUACCGCACGAAGUGAUAGAUGAAGAAGUCUCGAGAAGAUUGAUAGGUACUCGGUCUAAGAAGACAUUGAUAAAAGGAGGAACAGAUAUCAAACGGAUCGAUGGGAAAACGGCGACAUUCUAUCAGGGUUAUGGUGAUGGAAUAUUGAUGAGCACUCAUUGA